AUGACGGAAAAUAAUGAGAAAGUUGAUAUUUCAUGUGAUGCUAGGCGAAGAAUAUUAAAUAUAGCAGUCUCAACAGUACUUUUAGAAACUGGCUUCGAUGCCACUGAUAAAAUGUCACUAGAAACUCUCACUGAAAUCUUACAAUGUUUUCUAUCAGAAGUUGGCAAUUCAGCAAAAGGCUUUUGUGAAUUAUCUGGGCGAGUUGAACCAGUUCUUGGGGAUGUUACAAUGGCUUUAGUGAACAUGGGAAUAAGUCUACAAGGUAUAGAGCAAUAUGCAGCAAGGCCAAACAGACAUGUAAUCCAGCCUCCUCAACAGGCUCCAGUUCCACGCACACCUGCAAUGCUCUCAGCUGGUUCAAAGGCUAAACCAGCUCCGCAUAUACCAUUUCACUUACCACCACUUCCUGAUCCACAUGCUUAUAUAAGAACACCAACACACAAGCAACCUGUCACAGAAUAUGAAGCCAUAAGGGAGAAAGCUGCUAAUCAAAAGAGAGAUAUUGAAAGAGCUCUAACAAAGUUUUUAGCUAAGACCAGUGAGACACACAAUCUUUUUAACACUGAAGAUAAUCAAGUUUUUCCAUUAAUAGCUUGUAAGCCAACUUUCCCAGCAUAUUUACCAUGUCUCCUGCCUACUGACCAGGUGUUUGAUUUUGAUGAACUGGAGUACCACUUUCAGGUAGCUAAUAGAACUGAAGAUAUGCCUGCUGAUAAAAAAGAUCAAUCUGACAAUGAAGGAGAAAAUGGAGGUGACAAUGAAAAUGCAAAUAACUCGCAAUCUGAAAACCAAGAUGCACCAUCUGCAUCCAGCCCAGAAAGAAAUAAAACUGGAGGA